AUGGUCAAGGACGGCGCGGAUCCAUAUCUGGUUCACUGGGAGGAGAAUGAACAGGCCAAUCCGAAGAACUGGUCGACCCUAUAUAAAUGUUUCAUAACCUUCCAGCUGGGAAUGGUGGCAUUGGCUGCCAGUUUGGGCUCUAGCAUUAUCUCGCCGGCCGAGGCUGCCAUUGGGAAAUAUACUGGCGUUGGGAGAGAGGUUUCUGUGUUGUGUGUGUCGCUAUACAUUAUUGGAUUUGCAGUUGGACCCCUCUGCUGGGCACCUAUGUCAGAGUUAUUAGGCCGCCGGAUAUCUAUAAUCCCCGCCAUGGUCUGCCUGUCGCUUUUCUCAAUAGGAACUGCUACCAGCAAGAACAUUCAGUCUGUUCUUUUAACUCGAUUUUUUGGGGGAAUCUUUGGUUCGGCUCCAGUGAGUAAUGUCUCAGCGGCCCUUGGUGACAUCUGGGACCCCAAGGUUCGAGGAACAGCUGUCACAUUUUACGCGGUGGCAGUCGUCGGCGGCCCCACUCUGGGCCCACUCAUUGGAUCUGCCUUGCUUGUUAACCCCCAUCUUGGCUGGCGCUGGACCGAAUACAUUGAGGCAAUAUGGGCUUUUACGAUCACAACGCUCCUUCUUUUCUUCCUGCCUGAGACGUACGGACCGGUAUUGCUGAAGAAAAAGGCGCAGCGUCUCCGAAAGGAGACCGGAGACCAGGCGUAUUGGCAUCCCCAGGAAAACAUUGAGGUUUCCCCAAAAACGAUUAUUACGAAGCAGCUCUCGCGCCCAAUCAUAAUGUUAACCACCGAGCCAAUGGUUACAUGUAUCGCAUUAUACGCAAGUUUCGUCUAUGGUCUUUUGUAUCUUACACUCGAGGUCUUUCCCAUUGUCUUCGAGGAGCAGCGUGGAUGGAGUCCUGUUGUCGGCUCGUUACCGUUCCUCGGCUUGUUCGUGGGUGUCUGCGCUGCUGUCUUCAUCAACCUGGCAAACCAGAAACGCUAUGCCAGAUUGUUAGACGAGGCCCAUGGCAAGCCGGUGCCCGAGGGACGGUGUCCACCCAUGGCAAUCGGAGGGGUUCUUUUCGCAAUUGGAUUAUUCUGGUUCGGCUGGACAGCAAACAAACACAUUCAUUGGAUCUCACCCGUCCUAGCAGCCGUCUUCAUCGGCGCUGGUUUCAACGUCAUCUUUCAGCAAUGUAUAAAUUUCCUCGUCGACACCUAUCAGCUAUACGCCGCGAGUGCCGUAUCAGCAAACACCUUCCUGCGCAGCUUCUUAGCGGCUGCUUUUCCGCUCGUAGCCUCGCCCAUGUUCCACAAUCUGGGCGUGGGCCCCGCCAUGUCUAUCCUGGGUGGCAUUGCGACGGCGGCGAUCCCGGUCCCGUUUAUCUUCAUGAAAUAUGGGUUGGCGUUACGGAAGAAAUCAAAAUUCGCACCGGUGGAUGAUGAUUGA